AUACACUGAAUGGUUAGUGAUGACUUAAAAUGUUUUACACGUGUAUUCCAUUUGUAAAGACCUUUAUUUGGGUACCAUAAGACUUUGCAGCCAUACAGGGGCAUCACAAACACAUCUUGUUUCACUCUGUCAUAGCAAUAUUGCAGUCAUCUGGUAUCGUUUUCAAGACAUUCUGGAUACGGGAAUAUCUUUUUUAAACUAAUAAUUUUAAUUGUUCAAGAACACUUCAGUAAAGGUCUUUCAACUUUCUUGUUGGAAAAAAAUAUAAUGUUUGAAAACUUUUAAGGAAACGUGUCACUGACGUUUAACCUCAAAGGGGAGGAAAGAGAAAAAUAAAAAUAACAAAAACAACAAAAACAAUAAACAUUGAAUUUGCAUAAACACAAAUGGUUCAAAUUUCAACCUUAAUUAUGUAUUAAAGAAUUUCCUCGUAUUUACACAUCACAUUUCAUUUUCAAACACGUAUUCCACCGAGGGACAAACGAAUGUGAUUUACCGUGCCUAUUCUGGAUUCCAAAAGUUAAAAAAAUUGUUACAAAGAGAGAUAUGAUGUAAGAUCCAGUAAAUAUUCUACCAAGCCCCUAUCUUUACUGUACCACAAAUAAGACACCGUAAAGCAAAAAGAUUUCAAAUAACAAAAGUUUUAGUACAUUUGAAAUCACAAAACUUUUCUAAAAUCAUCAUCAUCAAAAUGUACAACUUUUCAACACUCCUCACGAUGGCUUUCCGACACCGCUCACUUUUCAACACUCCUCACGAUGGCUUUCCGACACCGCUCACUUUUCAACACUCCUCACGAUGGCUUUCCGACACCGCUUUAAAGACAUGCAAGCCAUAUAGAUGUAUGCAAUGUAGAGUUUGAAUAGAGUUUUGUAUCGGGCUUCAAAUUAUAGAAAACCGUACGUUGUUAUCGGAACACAAUGGACAUAUUGUACAUCAUUCACUUAAAAGAUAACGAACAGUGACCAAUCUCAUAACUCCUAUAAGCAAUACAAACUAAAGAGUUGAGCAAACACGGACCCCUGGAUAUAAAACUAUAUGAAAAGACUAUAACAAAGUUUUGAGCCAGUUUUUGACAGACUCGAACCCAUACAUGUACUUAUAGAAUGGUUACACCUCAUGAUUUUAUUUCACCUUAUAAGAGGAAGUUAAAGUCGUGAAAUAUGAUAUGUAAAUCUUUAAUGCAGGCAUAGAUUGUUACAAUUAUAAAACGAUUACACAGGUCCGAGUAAAUAUCACUAUAUGAUUCAUAUUUCAAAGAACGGGCUUCACUAAGUGUUGUCAAAAAUCCAUACAUAUUAACAUACAGGUAGUGAAUAAAAAUGAUUAUUAAUCGAUUAAUUGGGAUUGAUAUGGGGGGUUCCCAAAAAUAUCGGUCAGCGAAAAACAUUCACCUACGAGGUAUUUAUAUCUAAUUCUGAAGCCGUGAGUCUUUUAUUGAUUUCAUUUCGUUACAUGUAGACAUUUCACAGCCUAAAACGUAAGAUAUAUUUACAUCUUAAACAAUAACAACCCAAUCGAUAUUAAUUAAAAAGAGGGAAAAUAAAUAUCAAGUUCCAUAAAUCAGAUUCCAAGUCGACAUGCAACUAUAUUGUUAUUAAGAAUGAACAUUUUCAUUACGCUAAAGUAGACCCAGAACACACAUAGCAUCUCUUUUUUAACACCACACCUGAAUUUCAUAGUCAACAAAAAUUGAUUCCUGUCGUCUGGCGCGAGUAACGUGAUAAGCUGAACUGGGGAAUGCUUCAUAAACCUGGCGCAGAAAUAAAAAUCAAGAAAAGAGUUUUAUUUUAUCAUAAAACUCUAAUAUAAAGUCUUAAGAAAUUAAUUACUGACGUCCCUUCGAGAAUUUUGACCAUACGAAUCCUCACUGCCACAGCCAUGAUCGUCAUGGAUACAUAUGUAGGUCUAAAUCGGUCUAUAUCGGGAGAAUUUGUACCAAGAAUUUGGAUACCAGUUCUCCUGGAGAAUAAUUUUGUUAUUCUAUCAAAUAGAAAUCUUGUAUUCUUUCAGUUGUACGAUUACUGAUAAAUAUGGAAACCUUUGACAAAGAUGUUUUGCGGAAAAUAGUUAAUUUUGACAUUGCUCACUCGAAAGGACCCAUUCAGGGUAACAAAAGACCUACAACGGAGAACAAUUUUCCAGAAAAAGUCAUAGUAAUUAUCAUCCUUCAUUUUGUGUGUGUGUGUGUGUGUGUGUGUGUGUGUGUGUGUGUGUGUGUGUGCCGUAUAAUAUGUUUGAAUUUUUGAAGUUUACAAAUUGAGCAUAAAAUUCAGUUCUUCUAUCUAAACAGUGUAUUCCUUAUUUUAACACCGCUUUUGUCAUGAAUUUUGGCCUUGAAUUUUUUCAGAGCAGGUCUGUCCCUAAAUUAAAUUACCGGUAUGAUAAUUUGAUAGGCUGCGAUCUUAAGAACAAUUUACAUUAAGAUUUUUAGUGACAACCCUGUCCUGUGGUCGAAAUUUACAUUAAUUUUACCACAAAAAGAAAAGAAAAAACCACACCAGGGAACCUGUUUUUUUUAACAAACAUUUUUAUACUUAUUGUAGCUCAGUCAAAUACACCGUUGUCACUGUAUACCGAGGUCAACCUAAUCAAAAUUAGCUGUUUUGUACCGUUAGCGUUAAUAAGAUUGUGCCGGGGUUCCGUUUUUUUAAUAGUUCGAAACCACUUCACGCCACACGUGUACAUUUGUUUGAAAUUUCACCUUUUCAACACGUUUUUUAAAAAAAUAUUUGGUAUGAAAAAUUUGUAUAUUUUCUUUCAAUGAUCUAGUGUAUUCAGCAUCGUUGGGACACUGUGUCGUAAUCGCGUGCUCCUAUCGGGUAUAUAAUAUAAGUUUCAAGUUUGAAUUGAUGAUUAAAUUACCUAUGAUCUUGUACUUCCGUUUUGUAACAAUGGGGAUGGUCGUGUACAGUUCUUUGCACACUUCAUCCUUCACAUUUGUUUUUGUUAAUACUAUAUAUGCAUGCGUUAAAUAACUUUUCCUAUUUGGUAUUUCCGCAAUGACGGUAGAGGUGAUGUUAACAUACUUCCGGGGUUCCCAGAAGUACUUUAGCUCCUGGUGUUAGGUAACACACACAUUCCUGUCCAGAGCGUGAGAAAAAUACACGUUGCGUAACCUAAAUCGUUAUUGCUGAUGUGGGCGACAUUAAAAAAUCUUACAAAUCAAUUUCAGUAUAUACCCCCCUAAAAACCGAUUUAAAUACACCAGCAACGUGUAUUUCCUUUGCAUGUAGGCUUCAUAUAAUUUUUAUCCGUUUGAAAACAGUUUCGUAAUUAAACUGGAUGUGACCUGAAUAUGUAGGCGUGAAAUCCGACCGUAAUCCCAGAGACUAGCUAAGCUUCUAUGAAAUCAACAAUUUGCUUGAAAAUAUCGUGUGUACCGAAGGCGAAGGGAAAAAAAAGAUAGAUAAACACAUUGCAGGUUGUAGAGGACAACGAUUAUAGAUAUCAUAUCAUACUUCAGGGAUCUCGUUGCUGCCCCUCCCUAUGAUUCAGGGACCUCGUCGCUACCCCUUCCUAUCCUUCAGGGACCUCGUCACUACCCCUCCCUAUCUUUUUAAUUUAAUUACUCCCGUUUCCUCUUUUGAACAAUACUCGAAUGUCGUUACAUGUGCGUACUUUUGGACAGUCAUGUACCACAAACAUAAUUUUUCUGAAAAUCUGGAGGACGAUCCCGAAAAUCUGAUGAAGUUCAGAUGACGACAAAAUAAGGUAAUAUUGGAAACAUUCCUUGAAAUGAUACACACAAUUUAGAUAUCUACCUUCAGUUCAUGUUUUAUUAGACUAGGGGAUUAUGCUUGUCAACAAAGAAACUUAAUACAUAUACACGAACUGAUUACAGGUAAAAUGUAUGACGCAGGGAGUGUAGUGAAAUUUUUUUCCAAGACGAAAUUCCGUUUCAGUGUAAGGCCAUGCCAGUACUAUAACUAGUGCAACAUCAAUAAGCGGUAGUGUGUCAUCUGUAUCACAUUCCCUGAAUUUCUUCUAUUAUAAUUCUUUUGGAAUUGAUAUUACUUUUAUAAUAGACAAUGAAUACAUGUAUGUUGUGCACAAACUAGUUCGAUCCGAUUGUCUGUGUAAUCAUUGCCAAACAUGGAGCGUCGUCAAGGUCAAAGAGUGCUUUGGUUGGAACAACGUAACGAAUGGGUCAACGAUAUGAUAUUAUAGUACUAAAAUGAAAACAAACCCCACACGAAUAUUUAAAUUUUAACAAUGAAAUGUGUUCUUUGUUGUUUUAUCGGAUGAUUAUUGCAGAAAAAAUGUUUAAAUUAAUUGCAUGCAACAUCAACUGGACAUGCAACAAUAAAUUUGUAAUGCCAUAAACGUUGGUAAGUAAAUAUACAUAAUUAUAAAACAAUGGAUGUAUAUGUCGGGAACACGCAGGAAUUAUUUCAAACAUACAUGUAUCUAUGAUACGAGAAACACAGUGUAACUUUAUUCUAUUAUCUCGGUGUGGAUUUAUUAUUUGGAAAUCUAUUUUCAGAAAGUUUCAUAACCAAGAUUAAAGACAUGAUUCACUUAUCACUGGAAAAACUAGUGUUUUGACUGUAACCAUAACGUUUUAUAGCAACUAACUCUAAUUAUGCCUUUUUUUUUUAAACUAAGGAAAUACAUCAUUGGUAUUUCAAAAUGCGCAAAGCCGACGUAUACGUUACAAAAAUUCAUUCACGAUAAUAGAUCGAUAUUCUUAAUACGACGUGUACCUAUGGUUACUGUUCAACAUAUGACCGAUGACUGCAUACAACAGAAUUGCUGAUUGGUUUGCGGAAAAAACAUUAUUGUUUACUAUGAUACAGAUCUGUGUUAAGCACUGCCAGGAACUAUAUUUAGAGGAUGCAGUUUCUUUUGCAUCAUUUUACAAGAAGACGCUAAUAUGUUAUGGUUUGCAUGACAACUUGCAAAAACGUCGUAAACUGCCUUAGAAUUUUUUUUAAUGAAUUUAAUUUUUUCAAAAGAUUUUCAAUCCCAAAAUGGAGAAGACAACACUUGUUUACGAGUUUUUGGAUUUAACUGACUGUGAAGAUUUCCCAGCUUCAAAAACUAAAGGUUCUUUGUCUGUUCCGUGUACCACGGAUGCGAGAAGGAACAGCAAUACCAGUUGUGAAACCUCGUCCAGCUACAUGAGCGAAAGCAACGAAAACUUGGGGGACUUUUGCUGCCCAAGUCCCACUUAUUCACAAUGUGACAGUUUGUCCCUUUCUGAAAUCCUCCACGUUUCAGUCCUUGGCGCUCAAGGAGUCGGGAAGCGUUCCCUGUUACACCAGUUUACAGACACUGAGGACCAGUUUACAGACACUGAAGACAUGUGGAGGGAUUUAAUGGAGUUUGAAACGGGAGGCACUGAAAUAUGUGUUUCACUGGACGGCAAAGAAACACCUCUUAUGUUCGUUGAACAAAUACCUUUCGAGAAUGUUCGAGUUUGCGCAUACAUGGAUGCCAUCGUAGUUAUGUAUUCGGUUGUAGAUAUGGAGUCCUUCAGAUUGGCCAACAAAAUUAUAGAGGAGAUCCGAAAGCAUUUUCAAAAACCAAUAUUCCUUGUAGCCAACAAAGUUGAUCUGGAGAGAAAACGUGUUGUUUUUACUAAAGAUGGUGAAAAGCUUGCCACCAGGUUUGGUUGUAAAUACGUAGAGAUGUCACUCAUCUUGAACCACAAUGUUGACGACUUAUUAGUGGGUAUAGUUCGCCAGACUCGUCUGCAACCAAUUCCACCAAUGACGUCAAAGACAGAAAAAGAACGAAACAAAGUUCAAAAAUUGACAAAAAGACUUAGAAAACGAUGGAGAAAAUUACGAACGAAAAGGAAACCAUGCACAAAUCUUUUUGACCUUUAACCUCAACAACAAUUCAAGGAAACAACUGUCGUUGACAAGAUUAAAUCCUUGCAAAGACACUCUGAUGUCUGAGUGAGAAUUUCGCACGACUUAAAUAAGACAUUCAGUGAAUAUUCCAGACAGGAUACUGUAAUAAAUACAGAAUGUGUCUAUGGAGAUAGUAGAGAAACCAGAAUAAAGAGGGACGAAGUCACACUUGGAUAUCUAUUGAAAGCAAACGCGUCUUCCACAAACAACCAAUGAAAUGAAAAUCAAGAAAAUUACAAAUUAUGUGAAUAUGGUGCUUCAACUUAUUGAAACAGCAAUGUUUCAUUAAAAAGUUUCUUUUUCAUUUAUAUCAAAGUCUUGUUCGAUUAAAACAUAACAUUAAUCGUAUAAAGGUGCGUAUGUCACGGGCCUAAUUUGGUCCCCAAAAUUUGAAGCAAGUUUAUUUUGAUGAAUAUCAUCUAUGUACAACUGUCUAUAUUGGUAAUCAUAAAAUACAUGUACUAGUAUGUCAUCGAAAGUUUGCGAUUUUGUUCUAUGAUUUUGAAAUGUUGAUGCCAAAGUGCACAUUUUUAUACUAUCUUCCUAUCUGCAAAAAUAGAGCGAUUUAGUGAAUUAGAUUUGAAUUGCAUGUAUUAUCAUGAAUAUGUUGCAUGCGAGAUGAAGUUAAAAAAAUAAUCAUAUUUCUAAUUACAAAGACUUCAUUUAGAUUUUCGCGUUUUUGAGGGGCCAAACCUGCAUAUAUAUUAAUGUAAAUGAUUCAUCAUACACGUGAAUUUUGAUAUGUAAAAUAUACAUUCAAAUAAACUGAUGAUUUAAAA